CUUGCCGCUUGCGACUUUUCUAGGUCAAGUUUAGUCCUUUACUAGCUCCAAACUCGAUACAACCAACAUCACGGUGAGCAGUAGUUGCAGCUUCAUAGCUUUCUGAAGAUUAUUCUGCGCUGGUCCCAUAGCGGCGAUGACGGAGGAAAAUGAUGACGAGCUCUACGACCCAACAUAUUCUGCUCCCUCUGCUGAGACAUCAAAAGGCCCUGACACCCGAUCUGACGAGACAAACAUGACCACGACAGAGGAUAAGGGACAAGCACAAGCGCAAGAGGAAGAAGAGGAGGAAGAGGAGGAGGAGGAGGAUGAGGAUGAGGAUGAUUUCAAAAUCAUAACGGAUGGCCCCCCGGAAGCCACAAUUGAGCAACCCUCCCGACAUUCUGUGCUUAGAAAGGAGUCUCUGCGACCGUCAUCGACGGAAGCAACAAGUACACCUAAAGUUUCUGCUCCAUCUAUCGCCCCAAAAGUUGAAACGGCCACUAUUCCGAACGCCAUAACCGCGAAACCCACAGUCCCCCAGAAACCGGGUUCAGCGUAUCCUGCUCAACACACAUCAACUAUCGAUAUCAAUGCAAAUCCCGUCCAUCCUACGACUAGCAAACCUAUACUCUCCACAGAUUUAGACGCCGAUUUCCCCACAGAAAAUGAUAAGCCAUGGCGCAAGCCAGGAUCAGAUAUGACCGACUAUUUCAACUACGGUUUUGAUGAAUUUACUUGGGCAAGUUAUUGCCUGAAACAAGAUACGCUUCGAAAGGAUAUCGUCGACCAGAAGAAGCAAAUGGACGAGAUGCACGCAUUCCUAGGUGCUGGACUACCUGGAAUGCCAGGUCCAAGCCCAGGUCCAGGACCUGGAACUCCAAAUCUCAUGCCCAGCGGAGGCACUUCAGCCCCGGGCCCGGGUCCACCACAAGCCACCGGUCCCCCUCCUCCCGCAAUGCCAGGAAUGGCUCCCGGUAUGCCUGACAUGUCGCAGGAAAUGAUGCAGGGGAUGUUUACCAGCAUGAUGGCACAGGGAUUGGAUCCUGCCUCAAUGGAUCCAAUGACUUUCAUGCAGCAUGCACAGGCAAUGAUGGGAGGCGGCCAGCCCGGCCCGGUUCCGGGUUCGGGUCCGGGCCCUGGUGGUCCGCCGGGUGGCCAACCAGGUUUUGCUGGUCAACCUCCCGGACAGCCUUUCGGUGGCCAACCGCCGAUGGGAUAUGGCGGGUACGAGCAACGGGCUGUAGUUCCAUCUCUCCCACUUUCCCAUUAUUAUACCUCAAGUCUCGAAAUGGCUCUCCGCAGCAUCAAAAGCCUCGCUCCCCUCUUGGACCGCGUCCUCGUCCAGAGAAUUAAGGCCGAAGCCAAGACUGCUUCUGGCAUCUUCCUCCCUGAGAGCUCUGUAAAAGAACUCAAUGAGGCCAAAGUUUUGGCUGUAGGACCUGGGGCUCUCGACAAAAAUGGCAAGAGAAUCUCAGUGAGCGUAAAUGUUGGCGACAGGGUCCUCAUUCCUCAGUUCGGAGGCAGCCCCGUUAAAGUCGGCGAAGAAGAGUACACUCUCUUCAGAGAUUCUGACAUUCUCGCAAAGAUCAACCAGUGAUGAUACCAUAUUGAAUGAAACACGUCGUUGUCGACAUCAGCACCUGUACAUUAUGUAAUACCAUGAAAUUCGGACUGCAACCUCUUGAUGACAAAAGCGAAAUGCAUACAUAUAUUAAGGGAUAUAUCAAGGGGGCUGGCGGAAAGGAGAAAACGGAUUACGCGACGAAAAGCGGGAUGCUAUUGCAGCGCCCUUGCAAACGAUAUCAUAGCAGGCGGUGAAGGUGCGAGUACGCAUGAAUUGCACAUAGCACUGUCUGGCAUUUCGAACUAUUCCGGACGAGCCUCCCCCUUGUUCCUUUGUGAAUCGUUUAUUUUGAAUACGUUCUAGCCCAUCGUAUUAGUAGUGUCUUUAUAUGUUUUUGUAUUUCCUUACAUCUGUUUACCAAGAAAGCAUAAUACACACAUUAAGAUCUCCUCUC